AUGGCGCUCGCACUACGCGGCUCGGAGGGCAGGCCGGUGUGGCUGCGAGGCGGCGGCGCGGAGGGCAGGCUAGGGCGCCGGAGGGGACUGGAGCGCUGCGAGUUUGGGGAGGGCGGCCGCGAGGGUCGAAGAAGCUCCGGUGAGCGGCGCGACAACGGGGUAGGAGGUGCUGGAGAUCUGGCGAAGGAGGGCGACUCAGGUGGGCUGCAGUGUCCGACGGCUUCUCUAGCGGCGGCAGUAGUCGCGUCGAGGUGGCCCCAGCCGCGGGAAGGCGCGCGGGUGUGGGAGGCAGCGACGCGGAAGGGAAGCUGCGGUGGCAGAGGGGAAAGGGGCGGGGCUGCUCUCGUGCGGCGAACUUUCUGGGAGGCGCCAAAUCUAUUAUUUUUGGGGAGGACAUGCGCGAGGUGUGUGUGGAAGUUUCGAGAGGAGGUCAAUGGGGCGAGGGACGGACGGGCAGGAGGAAGCGGUGACGUGAUCGGACGGACAUAA